UAUGCCAGCCCUGUUUAGGCGCUAAUACACAAAGAAUUUACAGACAAGUGCUUUACUGUUUCCAUAAAUGUUAAACAAAUAUUACAUUAGUGCAAAAGAAAUAAUAAAUCCAAGUAUGCUGACUUAAAUAGAGAAAAUUUAAUUCAGACACAUAUAAACAAAACAUUCCACGCGUGCAAACUGCACAACAUAUUAAAAACCAGCAAAGGGGCCAACCACGAAUUAGGAAGUGAUCAAAGCCGGAAUCAAUAAAUAAUUGCGAUUCCAUAGAACAAAUACACGGCACAGAGGUGCCCCGUAACAUACAACACAAACCAUUUGUAAGCAUUUCGUCGGUAUUAGCCUAAUCUAAUCUAUUCGGACCGAAGUCGCCGACGUGAGGCGGAGGCAAGGGCAGCAGCUGUCGAUAUUCCCAACCAAACUUAAAAGGUCUCACACGAGGGAAGGUACUCAUAAUAAUGUUGUCGCGCCUGCAAGACUUUCUGUCACGCCACCGACGUAAAUUUAUUGUAACUGGCGCUCUGGUGGGUGGCACCAUCUAUGCAGCGCGCUAUGCGCAACGCAAGCUAGUGGAAUACCAGGAGAAGCAGGCGAGAGAAUUCUUUGAACGUACACGGCGAAUGCACCACUUUGAGUCAACGGAACGCACCUGCAACCAGGUGAUUCUGGGAAUGGGCGAGGAGAUGUGCCAGGCGGUGUUGCACGAGUGCAGCACAGACGAGCUAUUAGAACAGCUCCGCCAGAAUCCACCCAAUAAACUGGAGCUGUGGGAGCAAAUGAAAAUCGUCGCAUUCACGCGUCUAGCCACCUUUGUCUACGCCUCCUCCAUGCUGGUGAUUGCGCUGCGCGUGCAGCUCAAUCUGCUCGGUGGUUACAUCUACCGUGACAUCAUGACAGAGCAGCGGCAAAUAACGGAUGAACUGAAGCAGCAAUAUUUAUCACUCAUCCGUCAUUUCAUCACACACGAUGGCAUACGAGAUUUGGCUCGAUUUAUACGCAGCCAGGUUGUGGAGGUGUUGAAGUCGAUGCCGCUCUCUCGUCAACUGACGCUGGCCGAUACGGAGCAGCUGUUCUGGUCACUGCAAAUGGCCAUCAAUGGUGACACACGGCACGAUCCCAACUCGAAGAUGAGUAAAUACCUGCUGCCUGACCUAACCCGCCUGCAAGAGAGAUUCAAUUGUUCUCCGCUGCUGCAACAGAUGUAUAACGAGACGCUAGAUCUGCUCGAGAGCGAGGAUUGCAUUGGUGUCUGCGCGCACAAUGUGAGUCGCGGCUUUGUGCUCAGCUGUGAUGCCAUUGCCGAGUCGAUGGGCGAAACUCUGCAGCAUUUGGCGCCCGGCGAGCUACAACAGCAAGAGUCUCUGAAUGGUGAAUCCAAGCAGAGCAACAACAAUAAUCUGUUUGACGUGAAUAAGGUUCUGCUAGCCCUGGCCAAACUGAUACCCAUUAUCAGUGGACUCACUUCGCAUGGCUACGAUAGCGCUGCCCGGCCGCAUAAUCUGCCGACGCAGCUGCUCAGCUUUUAUGUAGUGUCGGAGAAAUCGAAGAUGGUUGGCGCCAAUGUGUACGAGUCCUUCAGCUCUGGUUAACCGACAGUCAGACUAAAUAUAUAUAUAUAUAUGUAUAUUUAAUGUUAGCUUAAGACACAUUCAAAUUAAGAUUAUAGUAUAGACGCAUAUAUUUUUAAUGGGGAACUUAAUUCAGCUUAGAAAGACCAUGUGUUAUAUGUGUGUGUAUGCAUGUAUAUCUAUUUGUACUAUGCCUAAGUCUCAUAGCUAAGAUCAGAGUAUAUAAACAUUAAGGCAGCGGGCUAAGUCGUAAGUGAUUAGAAUUGAAAAUAAUAUACAAAACGAGCAACGUGAAGGCCUUUCGAAAUAUAAAGAUGUGAAUGGAAUAGUAUUUA